AUGAAGUACCGUUCCCCUUCUCCCAGUGCCUCCUUACCCACUCCACCCCGCUCUCCCGGGGCGGUGGAGGCCCAGCAUUCUGCUGUAAACCUCCUUGACAACCUUACCGCUUUCUAUCAGCAGGAGCGGUAUUGGGUUCACCAUACCAGAGCCGCUCUCGAGCUCGCCCUUGCCAAAGGCAUUGAUGCCCCUCCUGUUCUCGAACUCGCGAGCCCACAAGACUCUUCACUCUCCGACACUUCAUCGUGUGACAGCGACGCAACAAACACCUCCAUAAAGUCUGAACCCGACUCCGCGUCGCUUAUCAUAUCAGACCGUCCUGCGCGUAAAUCAUUGUGGAUGAGGCGUAAGGCUGGCAUGAAGCUUCAGCUUGAUGGCAUUGCCCCAACUCACCGCCGCCGACGCCCUCAUCGCGCACCACCAUCCGAGCCUGGCACUCGCUUGCUGGAGAUGUUUUCAGAGCUUGUUGAUGCUCGCAUGGAAAGCUGUCAGCGGGUCUCGCGUUUAGUCCGAGAAUCAAGCAGCCGACCAGCGCAAUGUGUUUGCUAG